UUUAUGUUUAAUUGACUAAAUUGAUCAUAAAUAUAUUGCUUUGUUGAUAAACUUACCAUACCUUAAAAGCAUAAUCAUUGCAGUAAUCCAUAGGAUCUGUUGCUAGAUACAAUUCUCAGUGAUUUAUCUGGCGAUAUUUUAACAAAGUCAAUGUUUCUGUUAGCUCUCCAACUAGACCACCAUGAUGAUGAAGAUGCUGCUCCUCCUGCUCACCAGUCUGAGUCCUCUCGCGGAGAGCCGAACCCUGAGCUUAGCCAGCUGUUCUGUCAAUGUUCACAUACAUGAACUGCGCCAAUAUUACAAUGACAUACGAUUAGAUGUGAUAGAGAGUGACACUGAUAUCGGAGUCAAACUUCUGGACAAAUCAUUGAUGACGAACAUUCAGGAUGGUCAGACGUGCUGUUUUGUGCGUCUUGUGCUACGUUUCUACAUCGAGAGGGUGUUCAGCAACUACGCCUCUUCUCAGCCGCAGCAUCAACGCUGCUCCAGCGCUCUGGCCAACGCUUUUUUCAGCAUCCGAAGAGACAUACGUGAAUGUCACUGCAACUGUGAAGAGGACACACAGAGAAAGAUUGACUCUGUGAUUGCUGAGUUCAACAAGCUGGACAUGAACCAAGCUGCAAAGAAGGCUGUUGGAGAACUGGACACUGUGCUGGAGUGGCUGCAGGGACUCAGCCAAAAUACACUCUCAUGAUUGCACACAAAUUCCACACGGCGAACCCAAGGUGCCUGCUGUUGAUAGUCAAGGGUGCCAACUCCUGACCUAACAUUACUUGAAAGCAGAGUGAGGGUUUAUUUAUUUCUCUUCUCUGCCACUGUAGCAAACAACUCAUUCUUGUACUUAAAUUAACUUAAUAUUAAUUGUUAUCCACUAACUGGAGGACUUUUGUUCUAUAUAUAUUCACAAUAUUGUAUUGAUAUUUAUCAGAAAAAUAAUAAUGUUCUUAAUUCGUAUGUAUGCUCCUACUCCAAUGUAAGAUUAUUUAACGGACUAUA